CGCGUUGGGCGCCGCCGCUUCCGCGCGAGCUGCCGUUGCGCCGCCCGCCGCGCGCCCACCCCGCCCCGCGUCGCACGAGGCCUUCCUGCCGCACGCUCGCCGCCGCGCAUUCUCGCACCACGCCGCCCGGCGCGCGGCGGCAACGACCCCAAGCCGCCGCCGUCGCCGCACGCGUCGCCGUCCGCCGCCGCCGCGGCGCUCGGCGUCGACGACUUCGAAGACGACGGCUCCGCGCGCAGCGAGCGCAGCACCAACCUGUCGGCGCUCUACGGCCCCGGCCUCCCCAGGCGCAUGUUCAUCAACGACCGCCACCUGCAGAUCCUGCCCGACGGCACCGUCAACGGCACCCACGACCAGAGCGACCACAGUAAGUUUUCUGCUCCAUGUUCUUCUAUUUUGAAGAUGAGACAGCCGUCUCGGUCAUUGGUUUCUUCAAGAAUUGCGAUCUUGCACCGGCUGUCGGUGAACAAGACGCAAGUGAAGAUACAGGGGUUGGCUACGUGCCUAUUCCUCUGCAUGGACAGCUGCGGCCUGCUGUAUGGCUCGAGUGAGGCCACGGAGGAAUGUGUGUUCACGGAGAAGAUCGACAAGGAGACGAGCUACAACACGUGGAGGAGUGGCACGUGAAGCAGCUGCUAGCGCGCCGCUUCGGCGACUCGCUCUUCUUCGACGAGCGGAUGGUGCGCCACCCGUCCACGCACCUGUGCCCGCGCGUCGCCGGCGGCGGCAGCGCGGGCCCGCGGCGCGAGCAGGACGAGCGGCGGGCCGCGACACGGCGCGCCUGCCGCGGCCGCAAGAAGCGCGGCAAGAAGAAGCGGCGCUGCCGGCAAGGCGAGCCAGAGAGCGAGCUGUGCAGCGCGGCCCGGCGCCGCGCGCGACCCCG